AUGGGUGCGGCUGCUGGGUUAUUUGCAAAAUUAUGGUCACCUCAAGAAAUCAAAACAAGAUUCUCAGACAUAGGCAAAGGAACGAUUGAGGUUGAAAAAGGAGACAUAACAGCCCAAAACGUUGAUGUUAUUAUAGGAACCUCAUCAUCAGUAAAUCUGAAGAAUGCAAUAUUAGAUGCGGCUGGCACGGCAGCAAGAACUGCGUAUAAUGCUGAACUUAGCAAAAAUCUGCAACCCAUAUUGAUAUCUAUUCCAUCUGGUGGACUACCUUGUAAAAAAAUCUUUCUUAUUAAGUGGAGACCGGAACAAGAUGAAGCUAAACUUCGGAAAUCAAUUGCUGAUUUUAUAAGCAUUGCUAUCAUAUAUGUUAUUGAACAUGGUUUUACUUCAGUAGCAUUUCCGGCUAUUGGCUGUGGCGGCCAUCAAUGUUCUACAGAUCUUGUAAUCACGACAAUGGUAAAAGAAAUAAUAUAUCAGAUACAAUUGCAAAAAGAAUCAUUGUUGGUGAAAAUCAUAGUGCAAGCCGAACAUCAGAAUAUUUAUGAGGCAUUUUGUAAAGAAAUUCCAGCUGUGAAACCAGGUAAAGUUAACAUUCUUCUGUUUCGGUUUCACAUGUUUUAUUAUUUGAGUGAGAAGAAUUUCAAGAAACUUUAUAGCGAAGUUUUUUUUCGAAUAGGCUUAACAAAGUCCAGCGAUGUCCACAUUAUGCGAAAGGUACAAUUUACUGGACAUCGUCUAGAAUUGAGACAACAAUAGAUAAAUCACUUUAUUCAACGAUCUAGAUCUAUGACUGUGUAUAUCUUUCACUAUCUUUUCAUGCGAACUUGAAACGGUCAAUAAAAAACGAAUGUACAAGGACAUCACUAUCCUACAGAUGCUUCGAUGUAACUUUUAGAUUACACUCUGUGACCCUAUGCACGAGCAUCUAUUGUGCGAUUUCUAGCACACAUCAUAUGGCGAUGUAAACAUCACACAAUCAUAGCAGAACUUCAACAUAGAGCUCCAAUUUUAAUGGCUUCGAAGCGCAAUGAAAUUGAGUAAAAAGAUGAACGAAACUUGUUAGCGAGGUCAAUUCUACGUCACUUCGACAAUAAUUUCGCUAGAAAUCCUUGACUAUGAUCUCCGAGCACACAAAAUGUGUGACAAUGCUUGUAAAGUGUAUGAGAGCAUGCGAAGAGUCAUCGUUUGUUCGUAGGAUGGUUGAGACAUUCAUCAUGGCGAUUUUAAGUCAAUUUAUAGUAGAGGUUUAUAAUGUAAUAGCUUUAGAUCGAUGAAUAUUGGGAUUUCCAUAUAUUUAUCUCAAUUAUCCCUGUUUUGCGAAACACGAAAAUACGAUUGGGAAUGAGCAUUGAUUAAAAUUUGAAUUAAAAUCUCACACGUACUGCAGCAGACUUUUCGACAUACUGCUCGUUUGAUCUUCUCAUGGAUCGUGAUCAACAUAACGAGGUUCUAUACGUACAUUGAAAACGAUACCGUCGUGUUUCACAUUUUAAACCCAUAGGAACUAUAUUGCAAACUUUUUCGCUCAAUUCCAAUUCUUUGAAGAAGCUGGGCAAUCGUCAACAUUUUUCUAAUAAAACUUCGGUUCUGCCGCUUUGUGGCUGCUACUCCAAUGAGUAUCAAGAAAAAUCACUUAACCUUCGGUGUGUAUUUCAUUAGAUUCGGUAGCAUUUGUUAAUUACCAGCUACCAAAAACCUGGAUUCGAUCGACAGAGGGUACAGUACGAAUUACGGUAUUGAACACUACUCCCGAGUAUGAAUCACUCUGUACCAUGUUUCAACAAGCAAUGAAAGGAAAAUGUAAACAAGUGGUAAGAAUUGAACGAAUUCAAAAUGAACAGUGGUACAUACAAUAUAUAGCACAUAGCAAAGGAUUUUGUAGAAAACUAAACAAGAAUACGGAGAGAUGUUUAUAUCAUGGUUGUUCUCACGAAGCAGCGGAUUCAAUCAUCAAAAGUUGUUUUAACAGAAGUUUCGCUGGAGUGCAUGGUAACACUAAAUCCACUAUUGUUUUGACUAUUUCAAUCUCAUGUAGUUUAUCUUUAGGUACUGCAUAUGGCAA